UUUUAAAAUGAACCCGGCCUUUUGGGUAAUUACAAUACUUCUUUUUUUGUUGCCCGCUUUUGUUCGACUUAUAAUCAUCCGCUUUCGUAGAAAACGUGAAUUUGUGCGCCUGAUCGACAAAUUGCCUGGACCAAGAUCAUUGCCUGUGGUCGGAUGUGCAUUGGAGUUCUCGCCAGAUAAUGAAAGGAUAAUGCGGAUCUGGCUAGGACCAAAACCGAUUGUGAUAGUCUACAAACCUGAAACUGCUAAGAUAAUUCUUGAAAGCAACGAGCUUAUCUCUAAACCUUUCGAAUAUUCUCUGCUUCAAGACUGGCUGGGCACUGGUUUAUUGACAAGCACAGGUGAAAAAUGGCAUAAAAGAAGGAAGAUUCUCACACCAGCAUUCCAUUUUAAAAUUUUGCAAAACUUUAUCCAAGUGUUCAACCGGCAGUCAAAUACUCUUGUUGAGAUUUUGGACGAAUUCGUGAGCCGGGGAUACCCUUUCGACUUUUAUAAGUGCAUAAAACUGUAUGCUUUAGAUAUAAUAUGUGAAGCUGCUAUGGGUAUACAAAUGAACUCACAAAAGGGUAAAAAUGCUAAAUAUGUGGAAGCUGUCAAAAAAAUGUGCGAGAUUGGCUUUUAUAGGUGA